CUCUACCUGAAUUCGCUACAGUCCCCUUCGACUUAGCUGUUAGGGUGGACAGACACACACGGUCGACUUCGACGCUCAACGCAGACACGCACACACAUACGCAUACACACACACACAUACGCAUACACACACACACGCACAUACAUACGCAUAUACACAGAGGCACGCAAACAUACGCAUACACACACACACGCACACACCCAUACGCACCCUCACACACGCACACUCACACAGGCACAGACACACGCACAUACACAGACAUACGCACACGGACGCACAUGCACACACACGCACGCACACCCAUACGCACACGCGCAUAGACACACGCACGCCCACAUACACCUACUCGCAUGCACAAAACGCCCACAAGAAACACACCCACCCACACAAAACAUACUCGCGCCCUACACAUGUACGCACACAACACACCCACCAGGAGUUGUUGUUGGGAAGGUCUUUUACCUGCUGGAGGGUGGACUCUGCAUUCUGAAUGUAGGACGCCGAGGUUUGGGCUACGCAUUGCGUUGAGGCUUUCGACCGCGCCACGACAAGUGAAGAGCUGGCAUUGACGAAAAAUUGGGCCGAAACACUACAAGACCAGUUCUUUACGACACAGAUAUUCCUAUUUGGGCAUAUGGCUUGACUUGACAGUUGAGAGAGUACACUACAUUAACUCAAACUUUCGAGUUCCAGCAGAUGCAUGUGCCAUGUACAUUGACUGUUCCCACUGAAGGUUGACUUUUGAUUCUCUGAAGUUCACCGUUGACCUUGCAUUCCAGUGACACAUCAGCUGCUACAUCCUCAUCUUUUGCCAGAGGCAUUAGUGAAAGUGCCGAAUUCCGAUCCCUCUCUGUCCUCCCCUUCUUUCGACGAAGAUCACGAGAACAACCACGACGAAGACGAAGAAGACCAAAACGAACAAGAAAAAGAGGAAGAAGGAGGAUAAGCAGAAGAGGGAGAAGGACGCGACAGCCGGAUCCUCAGUUCUGGCCAGGGCCGUAAGUGAGAAGUUCCGAACGUUGACCACUGUUUUUUCAAACCCUUGUUUCGAAGAAGAGAACGAAGACGAACACGACGACGGCGACGACAACGAAGAAGAAGGCAAAGACAACGACGGCGGCACGGAAGAAGAAGAAAAAGGAGGAAGAGGAGGACAACGGCUCAAGGAGUAGGUUUCAUCUCCGUCCAUCGCUCGCACUCCUGAAGCUGGAUGCUUGGAAGUUGGAAGACCGGAAAGGGUUUGAAAGGGUUUGAAAGGGUUUGAAAGGGUUUGAGAGAAUCCGAAAAGGUUUACUAAAGGUUUGCGGAGAGGUUGAAAGAAAAAGCAGUAACUACUCAUCCACUUGGGAUCGAAGAGGACGGCGUGAAAUUGAGGUAAUUAUUUCAAUUCAGUUGUUAAAUUAUCAAAUCAUGGCUAUGGUAGAAAGGCGGGGUGUGUCGUGGCGAGAGCGACCGGCCUGUCUGUGGAAGCAAAGAGGGGAGGAAGAGGAGGAGGAGGAGGAAGGGGAGGAGGAGGGCAUAGAUGCCAAGGAGAUGGGGAGGUGUAGGGGAUGGAGUGCCACGAGGUCUGUUAUUUCUUGUCAUCGUUGGUGCAUUGCAUACAGCAUCUUGGGUAUGCUUGGCGUUGCGGUUUUAGGAAAGCUGAGGAGUGUGGAGGCAUCUGGCGGUCAGCCCGACGACUUCCCAGGGUGGCUGGGGGAAAGGCAUAUAGUCUCUGGCAGGAAACACCUGCUGAGGGGAGCAUCUGAUGGUACAUCUGGAUUUGAUUCUGGAAGAGUGAUCACUCUGUCAUGGGAGCCAAGGGUUUUCCUAUACAAAGGGUUCCUUACGAAUGAGGAAUGUGAUCAUCUUGUUAAUCAGGCAAGAGACAAACUGGAGAAGUCCAUGGUUGCAGACAAUGAAUCUGGAAAGAGUGUGAAGAGCCAAAUUCGGACAAGUUCGGGGAUGUUCAUGAGGAAGGCCCAGGCUAAGCAGGCCACUGACGCGUUGGCACGACUUGAUAAGAAGAAGUACAAGAACGCCCACGAGCUGACCAACGCCGUUGAGAAACUCAUUGUGGUCCCGAGUGAGCGCUAUGAUCCCCCAAAAGUCCUCCCGACCAUGUACCUAAGAUAUCUUCCCACGGACAUCAAGAACAUGCUGGUCAGUGAGGCUAACAUCGAAGUGGACGAUCUUGCUUCCUUUAGCAAGAAGGCCUUAGAUUUACAUGUCGAGCUAGGUUGUGCGCAGCAAGUUGCUGUAGACGGAAGAAAGAAGAAGAUCACACAAGAUUGGAAAAAGAAAGGUACUCGGUUGAUGAUGAUCGAUUCCGAUGCGAAUCAAGUAGAGAUCGAUGACAUUUCUGUUCUUGUGGAGGAGACAAAGUUAGGCGGCGAGGAGAGGGUAGAGGGAGGAAACCUCACUGCAGCAACCAAAGAAGGGAAGUCGUUCAUGCCAUAAAAAUCAUCUCAGGCAGUAAAACACCAGAGGGGAG